GUUGCGUUAGUUGGUUUACAUCGAAGCGAGAGUUCACUAAGAAGACUUUACUUGGGAAAUUCUCCAGCAUAAUUUACCUCCAGUGACUUCUUUAUUAACAAACCAACUUCAUUUUAUUUUUUUUUUAUAUUUUUAUUUAAUAUUUAAAAUUACUUGGAAUAAAAAAAUUUUUUUUUACUUAUUACUUAGAAAUUAUUUUCAUAACUUUUUCAAAUUUGAUAUUUAUUUAAAUAAAUUUUAUUCAAAGUUAUUAAUUAAAUUUUAAACUGCAAUUUGUAAAUUUAAUAAAUUGGUAGCAGACAGAGUUAAAUACAUUUGAGAAUAAAAUAAAAAAAAAUAAAAGUGCUUGAUUAUAUUAUCGCGGAAUUAAAAGUGAUUUAAACGUGUACAAAAGUUUUACGGUAGACAGCAGUAAUUGUGUGUCAUGAAAGCAUUAAUUAACGUGUGAGUAACGUGAUUUGCCAUGACUUUUAAAAAACAAAAUUUUUUUAUAAAACGAAACAACAGAAUAAGAGGAUUUAACUUGUGUACAUUCGUACUUCGUAAUUAGAAAAAUCAAUAAGCCUCGGUAUUAAUUUUUUUUUGUCACUGCAAAAUUUAAUAGUCUCCUAAAAAUAUCCGAGUGAAAGUGAAAGCUGGUUUUACUCAAAAACUCAAUAGCGAGCAAUUGAAAUUUCAUUUAAAAUUAUUUGUGUUGUUUUUUUAUUUAUAAAAAAUGAAGAAAUUAAAAUUCGCGCAAUAUUUGGUGGCUAUUGUCGUGUCUUUGGUGGACAAAAGCGCCGGGGGUAGUUGCAGAGCUGCGAAAUUGUGCUGUCAAGGCCGCGAUUCCGGGUGUGUUAUUCAAAAAGUUUCACCAAAUGCUAUUAUCGAAAGCCCUAAAGAUAAACCCUGUUACUGCGAUCACGCUUGUCUUAAAUUAAAUGAUUGCUGUAAUGAUUUUCGUGAAACUUGUAGUGUAGUCGACUGUGAAGUUAGUGAAUGGGGAACAUGGUCAGUUUGUGAUAAUUUAUGUGGGGUCGGUAUUCAAAGUAGAAUACGUGUCGUUACAAAGUCGAAACAAAAUGGUGGGAAACAUUGUCCGCAAUUAGAGCAAUCUAGGGUAUGUCAAGAACACGUUGGAUGUCGUCAUUGGGAAAGAGAGUCAUUAUAUAAAAGCAACGUGACUCUGCUCACGACAUGGCAUGAGAUGAAUCCAGAGCUAAAUGAAACAACAAUCGAGACGAAACAAGGAACGUGCUCGGCUUUUACCGUAAUUUGGGCGUCCAGGGCAUGCAGCAAGGACUUUCCAGGCGUAACACUCGGUGCACAAAUAUGUGUCAUGUGUCAUAGCGAACCAGAGACUGGAAACUGUCAGAAUAAUCAGGAUCCACUGGGACCUACAGGAAUCGGCAGGUGGAAAAUAAUAACAUCAAUAUCAGCGCGGUGUCACGGAAAAUGGAUCAGCAGCGCGAAUAAUAUUCAGCAGUGCGAUGUCAACGACUGCAAAAAUACAACGUCUUUUGUGUAUGUUUAGGAUCUUAAAAAAAAUAAAACCGUCCAUUCGGAAUUUUAAAAAAAAUUUGAAUUAUUGAAAUGGAUUGGGAACUAGUCUGUAAAUAAAUUAGUCGGUAUACUGUAACGAUAGUAUUCACUUAAUAAUAAUAUUAAUAAUAAUGAUUAAAAUAAUUCAUUCAAUAUUUGGGAUAUUUAAUAAAAAUGUGAUUAUCUUAACAAAAUUAAUGGAUUAAUUAAUCCCCAAUAUUUUUCUUAUUGUUAGCAGAAUAUGA